CAAUGGCUUAAAUAUUUUACCCAAUAUUUGGGACGAAGGUUUGAUUGUUCGAAGCGGGAUCUUUGAUCUUUCAGAAUUGAUGUGUGACUGUGAUGUGGAAUUAACAGUAUGUCCUUCCACAGAAUUUCACAUGGAGUUAAUCCAUCCAAGAGACCUCUAAAGAAAAAGGCUGUUAAAAAGAAACCACAAUGGGAUGACACGCUUCAUGAUCUGACUACUUUCAAAGCCACAGAUGAAGACUUGGAGCGGAGAAAGACAGCUCACAAGUCCAAAAAUCAUAUGACUUAUAAGUUACAGCAAAUGAGAAAAGUUAAUAAGAGAGAAGAAAAUAAUGGACAGAUAACCCAGAAUCAAGCUAGACAGUUAGCUAUUAUGAAGGAGAUAUUGUAUGAUCAGAGGCAAUUAAAAAGUGUGUUAGAUAAAACUGAUAACAUGAUGUCUGUGGUAAAAGAUUUAUUUGGUGACGAUCCUAAGAAAUACAAAGGUUUCCCUAAUGUUACAUCAGCACCAAAUGCUUCAGGAGACCAUACCGAUAGAAAUACAAGUUUAGUGUCUGGUAUGCCUGAAAUAUACACCAAGACUGAAGCUUUAAGUGAUUCUGUUAUGAAUCCUACAGCUUUAAAUGAUCUACCAGAUUCAGACUCGGACGAUGAUGAAACUGACAAUCCUCAUCCUAUAGUUUACCAUCAACAGAUGAAUCUACAUAGAUUUCAACAGUUUCUGGCUAAUGAAGAGAAAAACCAAACAUUAAGUUCUAUUGGUGGUCAGGCUCAACUUAGUCAUAACGAAAUAGGUCCAACACAAAGUACACAGAUUCAAGGAAAUAGUGGAUUUGAAACACCACCAAAUGAAGCAAAUGAUUCGAUGGAAAUUCACCGCCCACCAAGAUCAGCUAUUAAUGAUACUAACAAAGUGAGGAAAAUCAAAAGUCGUAUUCGAGACACCUCAACUAGUUCUGCUGACACAUCUCAAACACAAGCCAUGAAUCUCACUGAUAUGAGAAAGGUAUUAGAAAGUUUACAAGAUGAAAUUGCUGAAUUUGAGAAACAAACAGGAACUAAAAUUCCUGCUGAAAAACAACGUUCAGAUACAUUUACAGGAUACACUGUGGCGCUAGUUGAUUCUGUUUCAAAACUAGCUCGAUAUUUGAGAGAGACUGAUAGAAGAUUACAAGCUGAAAUAACAGUGCGAGAACAACUCACACAAGAUGUUCAUCAGAUGAGAACUAUUAUUGAUGCUUUAACUUCUGAUAUUAUUGUAACCCAAGAAGAAUAUGGAAGAUCGCAAGGUGACUUUCUACGCUAUAGACAACAAACUGAACAAGAACUGGCUUUAUUGAAGGCAGCAUUAUAUGGUAUUAAAGGUCCCAUUCCAACACCACAAUUGUUGAAUUCGACACGAACACCCCCUCAACAUCACCCAGAUAUGCAUUUCACUGAUCAACAUCAAAAUCCUGAAACAAGUCAUUUAAAUGCUGCUUCAUCCUUACCUCAACCCAAUAUAGAACAACUACCAUUAAACCUAAGAUCUUCUAUACCUAGUCAUUUACAUGAUGAUGAGGCUAUUUUAUUAUCUCCACCAGUUCGUAAGACUAGAGUUCAUGAUCAACUUCCUCAAACAACCCACCAAACAUCAACUCAACCUUUACCAUUUCAACAAAAUCGACAAACAUCAUUGAUUGAUUUACCAUCACUAGCUAACAGUCAACCAACUUCUACAACAUCUACUCUUCAUCCAUCUGUUGUUAAUGUUCCUAGACCUAUAUCAUUAGCCCAGAGACAACAGAACAGCCAACUUGAAGCAUUUAGUGAAUUAUCCAGACCAUCUAAUGGUGUUUCACAAGGACAACAAAAUGGUUCACCACACAGACAGCAUGUUGAACUGAUGGCAAUGCAAGGUGGUCAACAACAGAAUGUAAUACAGAAUGGACAAUACAGAAGUUUACCAGGGCAGGUAAUGCUACAUGGGCAACCAGACACACAAAGUCAAAAUCAAAGCUUGUCACAAUCACAGAUUCCACAGAAUUCUGAUUUCAUGGCCUCUCUAGCAUCCAGGCAUCCAAAUGUAUCAUUUCAAGGUACACAGAGAAAUCCAAUGAAGGAAGAAGGGAUGAAGACACAGAUUGCAGAAUUAAAUAAACAGCAUGAAGAGGCUCAGAAACGACUGCAUGUUUUACUUGUUCAGCAGCAACAACAGAAAGUGUUAUUGCAGCAAGACCAGCAUCAGCGUCAACUUGGACGUGGACAUGAUCAAGUAUUUCAAGAGCUUGAAGCAUCUACAGCCUCUGGACAACUGAGUCAAUCACUGCUGAACCAACAAAAAGAUCUGAUCAAGCAACAACAAGAAAUAGCCCAUUUACUAGAGAGACAGUCAGAAAGCUUUGCUAAUCAAAAUAAUAACAAUGCAGAUAUUAAUAAUGCUUUUACACAACAGGAAAUGUUACAGCAACAAGAAUAUGUGAUGAGACAAAUGCAUGAACAGAUGAAACGAAUCCAAGAUCAGCAACAAUCAAUGGGUUUUGAUAUUCACAAGGCUGAGUUACAGCAAGAAACUGCUUUAACUCCACCUAAAAGAGAUCAGCCACAGGGUGACAGUCCAUUUUCACCACCAAUCUCACCAAUAUCUCAACAAUCUGAUAAUUAUGUUACUUUACAGAAUCAAUAUCUCACUAGGCAGCCUACAAGUAGAAUACAAGUUUCAAUACCAAAAGUAGAUUUUGAUAAAUCAUUUUAGAUGGCCAUAUGUCUAUCAACCAUUAAUAAUCUCUGAUAUAAAUAUUUAUUAAUAUUAUGCCAUUUGUCUUAAAAUGUCUUCAGGUCCAUAGAAAUAUAAGGUUCCAUCCCAGAAAAUUCAUGUGAAAAUGACCUACUAUUCAGACUAAAAGUUCGGUCAAAUCUCAUUUACAAAAAAUGUUGCUUAAAAUCACUUCCAGCCAUGUCAUAUGUUAUGUCAAUUUUUUUGUACAUUUGUAUAAUUUAGACUAUGAUCUAGUUUAUGUCAGACUGAAUAUAUGUAAAAAGCUUUGUAUUCUGUAUUUAUCUAGUUUGUAUUAUAGUGUUAAAUUUAAUUGAAUAUUUUAACUUAUACUGUGA